UUCAUGUUUUGGGGAGUUUUUCCUUUGCCCUUGUGAGGGUUUCGGGACAGACUGUAAAUCGGAGGCUAAUUCGUAAUUUGCAAUUUUGGGCUCUACAAAAUAAAAUGAAAUAAAGGUGAUCUAUUUUUUCUGGUCCGUGUACCUUUUGACCGUCUGCACUAAAUAUGCGACUUUUGAAUAGGAUAUUCCUGAUUAUACUUUCCCACAUUUCCGUUGGUAACAUUUCCUAUGGAUACUUUUACAGUAUUUCUGCCCCGUGGUACUAGUACUUUUCCUCGAUCAAAGGAUCUGAAUAUUCACCACACUGCGGCGCAUUACUAGAUAAACGGCUGAGUGCAAAUUAAUCAGGCAGCACGUCGACAACCUCACCAGGGGUCCUUCGAGGCACCGCUAGCGCUCGUUAGCUUGUGUGAGCAGCUAGCAUGCUACGUACGCAGUCGGCAGCCGAGCCGGAGGUGGUGGUGAUGGUCACUCUCUGGUGAGAACGAGCCCUAAAAUAUGUCAGUGUCCUGGGAUGACCUGACAACCGUGACCUCUGACCUCCUCUAAGGUCGGGUUCUGACCUGCCCCCACAUAAAGAAACCCGUCCCACAGGCGCCAUGUACUGCCUCCAGUGGCUGCUCCCCGUGCUGCUCAUCCCCAAGCCGCUGAACCCGGCGCUGUGGUUCAACCACUCCAUGUUCAUGGGCUUCUACCUGCUGAGCUUCCUCCUGGAGAGGAAGCCUUGCACCAUCUGCGCCCUCGUCUUCCUCGCCGCGCUCUUCCUCAUCUGCUACAGCUGCUGGGGAAACUGCUUCCUGUACCACUGCCAGGACACGGCGCUGCCGCACGCCGCCCACGACCCGGCCAUUGUUGGGACCUAGGAGUUAAGGCUGCGGGGGGGAGGGGUUCUUCUGACAUGAUGGAGGUGUCGGGGGAGGGGGGGGGGGGUGCAUUGGCCUACUGGAGGAUCAUGGACAUGCUUCUGGAAUGCUGGGGGUAACGAGUAGGCCAGGAGACGCUGUACCCGCGUCCCACAGGUGGCGAGCAGCUGAGCGCCGUGUUUCCUUCACAAAGACAAACUGCAGGAGGCCUGAGGCGCCUCCGGUGGCCAUGUUUGUUUGUGGUCACCAUGGCGGUUCCGUGCUUGCUUUGUUCUCCGUUGGUGUCACGCGGCGGCCUCUGGACAAUCAACGACCGCUCGUCACAUGACGUAUUACCCACAAUGCCCCUCUCGUCCUAGCUGGUUUUUGUUGGUUGGUUUUUCUUCUGCAUGGGUUGCUUUUCUUUUUUUUUGUGUUCAAAAAUGCAUUUUAAUUCAUUCAAAGGAAAUUGUGUGUACUGCUGCAUUAUUGCUCUGGUUUUAAUUUAAAUAAAUGUUUCUCUCAACUUGU